AUGGAUAAUAAUGUUGAAUAUGAAUUAAAAGAAGUCUCUAUUCAAGAGGGUGGUAGUAAUUUAAAUAUUAAUACACCAAGUGGAAUGAGUGAUGGAGAUUUCAAUAGCGGCGCAAAUUCACCAGAUAUUGUAAAAAGUGAAAAUGAUUUUGAUAAAUUGGCAGAAAGUUUAGAAAAAGAAUCAAAACAAUAUUUUGCGGCUCAAGAUAAUGAAAAUAAUGCUGGAGAAAGUGAGGAAGAUUUUAAAUUACGUAGAUAUUUCGAAAAUUCUCAACGUAUGGCAUUAAGUAAUGGUUCAAAACCAAAGAAAAUGAGUAUUUGUAUUAGAAAUUUAACAGUUGUUGGUCGUGGCGCAGAUUUAUCAGUUAUUGCAGAUUUAUUAACACCAUUCAAUUGGUUUAUAAGUUUAUUUAAACCAUCAACUUGGAAAAUUGAAAAAACUUCAACAUUUAAUAUUUUAAAUAAUGUCACAUGUUUUAAUAGAGACGGUCAAAUGUUAUUAGUUCUUGGUCGUCCAGGUGCUGGUUGUUCUACAUUACUCCGUUUAAUUUCAAAUCAAAGAGGUUCAUACAUUAGUGUUGAUGGUGAUAUUAAAUAUGGUGGUAUUCCAGCAAAAGAAUGGGAGAGAUAUAAAGGUGAAGCAAUUUAUACUCCUGAAGAAGAUUCUCAUCAUCCAACAUUAACAGUACGUGAAACAUUAGAUUUUGCACUUAAAUGUAAAACCAUUCAUAAUCGUUUACCAGAUGAAAAAAAAGUUACAUUUAGAGAGAAAAUUUCAAGUUUAUUAUUAUCAAUGUUUGGUAUUGUACAUCAAGCUGAUACUAUUGUUGGUAAUGAAUAUAUUAGAGGUUUAUCAGGUGGUGAAAGAAAACGUUUAACAAUUACAGAAGCAAUGGUAUCAUCAGCAUCAAUUACAUGUUGGGAUUGUUCAACUCGUGGUCUUGAUGCAGCAUCAGCACUUGACUAUGCAAAAUCAAUUCGUAUUAUGUCUGAUACAUUACAUAAAACAUCUAUUGCAUCAUUUUAUCAAGCAUCCGACUCUAUUUAUAAUUUAUUCGAUAAUGUAUUAGUAUUGGAAAAAGGUAGAUGUAUUUAUUUUGGUCCAGUUGGUCAAGCCAAACAAUACUUUUUAGACUUGGGUUUCGAUUGUGAGCCACGUAAAUCAGUACCAGACUUUUUAACUGGUGUUACCAAUCCACAAGAACGUAUUAUUAGAAAAGGUUUUGAAGGUCGUGUUCCAGAGACAUCUGCAGAUUUCGAACAAGCAUGGAAAGCAUCCGAGUUGUGUAGAGAAAUGGAAAGACAACAAACUGAACAUGAGAAAAAGAUUGAAGUUGAACAACCACAUCUCGAUUUCAUUGAAGAGGUAAGAGCAAACAAAAGUAAGACAAAUACAAAGACAUCAGUUUAUACUACUAGUUUCCCAACUCAAGUUAGAGCUUUAAUCGUUAGACAUAGUCAAAUUAUUUGGGGUGAUAAGUUUUCAUUGGUAUCUCGUUAUCUUUCAGUUAUCAUUCAAUCAUUUGUUUAUGGUUCUGUAUUUUAUAAUAUGCAAACCAAUCUAUCAGGUCUUUUCACUAGAGGUGGUGCAAUCUUUGCUGCCAUUCUUUUCAACGCUUUUCUAAGUGAGGGAGAGCUUUUUGCUACAUUUUAUGGUAGAAGGAUUUUACAAAAACAACAGUCCUAUGCUAUGUAUAGACCAAGUGCUUUUCAUAUUGCACAGGUUGUAACUGAUAUUCCAUUGACUACAGUUCAAGUUUUUUUAUUUUCCAUUGUUGUUUAUUUCAUGUUUGGACUUCAAUACGAAGCUGGUAAAUUCUUUAUUUUCUGUUUCACUUUAAUUGGUGCUACCUUGGCUACAACCAAUAUGUUCCGUGCCUUUGGUAAUUUAUCACCAUCACUUUAUGUAAGUCAAAAUGUGAUGACAGGUAUAUUAAUUUUCAUGAUCAGUUAUUGUGGUUAUUCAAUUCCAAAGAAUAAAAUGCAUCCAUGGUUCGGUUGGUUCUUUUGGGCAAAUCCUUUCACUUAUGCUUUUAAAGCAUUAAUGGCAAACGAAUUUAUGGAUUUAAAUUUCUCUUGCGAAACUGAAGCAAUUCCAUAUGGUACUGAUCCAACAACUGGUGCUCCUUAUGAUAAUUCGGUUAGAGUUUGUGCAUCUGCUGGUUCACGUCCAAAUACAUUGGAGGUUAAAGGUUCAGAUUAUUUAAUGGAUGCCUUAACAUUUAAAAGUGAUGAUCGUACAUUAAACAUUUUCAUUACUUAUCUUUGGUGGGUACUUUUCAUCAUUAUAAAUAUGGUCGCAGUUGAAUAUUUAGAAUGGACAAGCGGUGGUUUUACAACAAAAACUUAUAAAAAAGGUAAAGCUCCAAAAUUAAAUGAUGCUGAGGAAGAGAGAAAACAAAAUGAAAUUGUAGCAAAAGCAACUAGUGAAAUGAAAGAUACUCUUAAAAUGAGAGGUGGUGUUUUUACAUGGGAAAACAUUAAAUAUACUGUUCCAGUUGGUAAAACUCAAAAAUUAUUAUUAGAUGAUGUUGAAGGUUGGAUUAAACCAGGUCAAAUGACUGCAUUAAUGGGUUCAUCAGGUGCUGGUAAAACAACACUACUCGAUGUUUUAGCAAAGAGAAAAACAUUGGGCACUGUUCAAGGUAAAACUUUCCUUAAUGGUAAAGCUUUGGAAAUUGAUUUCGAACGUAUCACUGGUUAUGUAGAACAAAUGGAUGUUCAUAAUCCAGGUUUAACGGUUAGAGAAGCAUUACGUUUUUCUGCUAAACUUCGUCAAGAACCAUCAGUUUCAUUAGAAGAGAAAUAUGAUUAUGUCGAACAUGUUUUAGAAAUGAUGGAAAUGAAACAUUUAGGUGAUGCUUUAGUUGGUACUUUAGAAACUGGUGUUGGUAUUUCAGUUGAAGAAAGAAAAAGAUUAACAAUUGGUGUUGAAUUGGUUGCUAAACCUCAUAUUCUUUUCCUUGAUGAACCAACGUCUGGUUUAGAUGCUCAAUCUUCUUAUAAUAUUGUUAAAUUCAUUCGUAAAUUAGCAGAUGCUGGUAUGCCAUUAGUUUGUACAAUUCAUCAACCUUCCUCUGUAUUAUUUGAACAUUUCGAUCGUAUUCUUUUAUUAGCUAAAGGUGGUAAAACAGUUUAUUUCGGUGAUAUUGGGGAAAGAUCAAAAACUCUUACUUCUUAUUUUGAACGUCAAGGUGUACGUCCAUGUACUGAAUUUGAAAAUCCAGCUGAAUAUAUUUUAGAAGCAACUGGUGCUGGUGUUCAUGGUAAAACUGAAAUUAAUUGGCCAGAAGUUUGGAAACAAUCACCAGAACUUCAAGAAGUUCGUAGAGAAUUAUCAUCUCUUGAAGCUUCUGGUUCAUCUUCAUCCUCUAAUGAAAAUGGUGUUCCAAGAGAAUUUGCAACAAGUAUUUGGUAUCAAACAUGGGAAGUUUACAAGAGAAUGAAUGUAAUCUACUUUAGAGAUCCUUUCUAUGCCUAUGGUAGUAUUCUUCAAGCUGUUAUGACUGGUAUAAUUGUAGGUUUCACUUUUUGGGAUUUAAAAGAUAGUUCAUCCGAUAUGAAUCAACGUAUUUUCUUCAUUUUCCAAGCUCUCUUACUUGGUAUCCUUUUAAUUUUUGUAGUUAUGGUUCAAUUUUUAGUACAAAAAGAAUACUUUAAAAGAGAUUACGCUAGUAAAUUCUAUUCUUGGUUCCCAUUUGCAAUCUCAAUUGUUUUGGUUGAAAUUCCAUAUACCAUUGUUUGCGGCUCGGUUUUCUUCUUUUGUUCAUUCUGGACUGCUGGUCUUUUCAUGGAAGGUCAAAAUGGAGCAAACUUUUACUUUUGGAUUAUCUUUAUCAUUUACUUGUUCUUCUGUGUCUCAUUUGGUGGUGCAAUUGCUGCAGUUUGUAAUCAUAUGUUUUUGGCAAUGACUCUUGUACCAUUACUAAUUGUUUUCCUAUUUCUUUUUUGUGGAGUUAUGGUUCCCCCAAGCCAAAUUCCUACGUUCUGGAAGGGUUGGGUCUAUCAUUUAAAUCCCUGUCGUUAUUUCAUGGAAGGUAUCAUUACAAAUGUUCUCGAACAUCAAAAAGUUAAUUGCUCAUAUGAAGAUUUAACUAAAUUUAAUAAUCCUACAACUUUAACAUGUGAAGAAUAUUUUGUACCAGCAACUGGUUAUGUUACAAAUACUACCUCUGAUAACUCUGAAUGUGGUUAUUGCAUUUUCAAUAGUGGUGAACAAUAUUAUAAAACUCUUGAAUGGGAUGCUUCAAAUAAAGGUCGAAGUAUUGCAAUUCUAAUUGCUUUUUGGAUGUUCAAUAUUUUCUUAGUCGUUUCAUUUGUUUAUUUAACAAGAAAACCAAGUAGAUAA